ACUAUGGUGGCAUGACGACAUUUUGGCCUUCAGUUGCUCGUAUCAUCAGUCAUCCGUCCAGACUCCAACGUCGUAUGGGAAUUGAGAGCUCGGAAGUUAGAACCCGCACCCCUGAUGCUCUCAAAGCAACACACAACAACCUUCAGCCUCAACGCCAAUCAUCAUGUCGGAAAUAACAUCACACUCUUUUCCCUCGGCCUUUCUCGACCAUUGGAUUCACUCUCUCAAAUCGAGUCGUGGAGAACAGCUCAACGACUUUCCCAACUAUUACGUUUCCCAUCCCGAGAGCUUGGCGACAACAUGUAGCCUCAAGUCUCUCACCGUCGGCAACGGCGCCACUAUCUACAAAAACACCCUCCUCCCGGCCAUCUUGCUUGCGAAACACGAGGUGAUUUUGGUGACGUGCUUCUGGGCUCCGUCCGAUACCUUGAGUGCCAUCAAAGAAACCCUGGAACUCCUUGCCGAGCGACGUAGAGAGAUGAUCCAAACGUCCGGCGAGGAUGCCGUCGCCCCAUUACGCGUUCGCAUCUGCUUCUCGUCGCGUAGCUUCUUCCAAAAGAUAUUCCAUCCGUGGUCGCGAGACGGAUACGCGUACCCAACCUCAGCGUGGCCAAAGCUCGGAUUGCCCCCGGACACCACGCUCAAGGCGGCCCGCAUCGAUCUCACCGUCAAGAGCCUAUUUUUCUUGCCCUUCAGCGUCAUGCAUCCAAAGUUUGUCAUUGUCGACCGCAAGCGCGCUUGGAUGCCCAGCUGUAACGUAAGCUGGGAGACGUGGUUCGAAGGUUGUAUUGGGUUCGAGGGUGCAGCCGUUACUCAACUGGUCAAGUUCUACACAAACGUCUGGGAGCGCGGCGCCGGCGAGCGAGAGAUCCCCGACGACCAAGUUGAAAGUCGUGGUGAGGCGAACCAGGGGCUAGGCCAAGUCGAUGAAGAAGACACUGGGCGAACUGUUCCUCCCGGUCCACCUUCGGACGACGAGACCGCGUACCGAAGGCUUAGCCUCGCAAGUCUACCACCUUGUCCGACCAUGAUCUUACCCUCAUCUCAUCAUUGGUACCCCAGCUUCCGCUACAUUCCUGUCUGGCGCCGCACCACGGCUCCUACCACUCCUCUCAAUGCGGCUCUGCUGUCGUUAUUCGCUAGUGCCCGAACCGACAUUGAUAUCGUGACGCCGAACCUGACUUGUCGGGCUGUUGUCGAUGCACUCCUCGAGGCACUUUGUCGCGGCGUCAGCGUCCGCAUCAGGACAAGCAAGAAUAUGAUGUUAAUCGAGCAGCUCGUUACGGCUUGCACAACGACGGAGUGGACGCUCAAUUCGCUCGUCAAGCGAUACAGCCAAGCCUGCGCAGAGUGGGGCCGGAAACGGUCUGUGGACGCCGAAUCCCAUUUGCAACGGCCAGGCCGCCUCGACAUCUACUACUACCGCCCGAAUCUGCAGGCGACGGCGGUGCGGGAUCCAGAAGAGCCGGUCGUGUCGCACUUGAAGAUGACGCUCGUCGACAGGGAAUACCUCUUACUGGGCUCCGGCAACCUGGACCGGGCCAGUUGGUACACGAGUCAAGAGCUGGGCAUCCUGCUCCAUACACCCGACUUUCAGUCCGACAUUUGGUCUGAAUCUCUCGAGUCUAGGAUUGAGGUCCGAUUCAGCGGAGAGCCCGGCGACGGGAUGAUGGGCUAGUCAGUCGUGUGUUUGCAUACACUGUGUGUGCUUCUGAUUCUGCCUCGUCUUUAGAUGCCUACUUUAGAUACCC